CUAGCAGUAAGAAAGCAUCAUUUCAAAAAUGAGUUAUAUAAAGAGUGACGGUGGUGAUAAACAGAUGUUUGAUCCAGGAACUGAGAGGAAAUAACAAUGUGAUUAAGCUGUACAAGCUUACAUAAGCGACAUGUCAAAAUGAAACCAAAAGUACUUCCCUUUCAAAACAAAACAAACUUCAACUUUCAAAUUGUGCGUGCCUCUUCUCGUUUAAUGUCUGCACAAAUGUCGUCGGUUGUGGUCUUCUUCUUCUCCCUUCACAUCUUACUGGCUUCUGGAUUGAAAGAGCUCAGAGUGAGGCCUGGACAAGCUGCCACUCUUCAGUGUUGGGGUCCCAGAGAUGCACACAUCACCCUGCUGGAGUGGAGCAGGCCUGAGCUCAUCUCACAGGGUUAUGUGUUCUUCUUCCAAGACCAGCGCUCGUACGAGAACUACCAGCACGAGUCCUUUAAAGGCCGAGUGCAGCUGAGAGACUCAUCCAUGAUGGAUGGAGACGUUUCUGUGAUUGUGAGGAACGUCAGGGUCAGUGAUACGGGAAUAUACAAGUGUGAGAUUACAACCAGCAAGACAAGCAGUGGCCAGAGAGUCGUCAGCGAGUUCAAGCACUCCAUCAACCUCACAGUCACAGACACAGGUUUCACAGAAGAAGACUCCAAAGAAAGAGGACACAAGGAUGGAGGAGACAAGGAUACAUCUUUUCCUGUUAUUAUAUUAGUUCUUCCAUGCGGACUUCUUGUUGUUGUUAUUGCUACUGUAGCUGUAAAUAUCUACAGGAAAAAAGGAAAUCAAAAUGCAAAACAUACCAACAUGAUGGAAAGUGUAAACACUUUAAAAAUGUAAAUGUCAUGUUAGCAAGCAAAGGAUACUAACAGAGGCGCUGUGGGUAUCAGAGUCAGAAUAUUUUAUUAUAUCCCAAGGAAAUUAUAGUAGCACUGUCCCCUCAACCCUGCAACAGGGGUUCACCACCUCCCAACCCAGAGUCAGCUGAUCUUCACAGCUCACAUUUAGGAGUCAGAGUCCUACAAACAUUUAAACUCCAACACUACAGCUUGACUGACCUGUUGUUAACUGGAUAGAACACCUCUGAAAUGAAUUAGAACCUCACAAAUGUGGUUCUGGAAGGUUCUGGUCAGAAUUCCCAUAAGCGCAUUUGUAAACCCUGAUAUAAACAUCUAUCUCUCUCUCUCUCUCUCUCUCUAUUAUGUUAUGUAAUUUAUAUGUUUAAACCUUCCCAAAUUUCCUUUGUCUUCUGAAAGAUAAAAGACCUUUACAGCGUGUCUUUUAUCCUGUCCUGAGCCCUAUUCCUGAUCCUGGUUGUUGUAAAGACCCACCUUUUAGCACAUCCCAGCACACCCACUCACUUCACCAGAUACACCUUGUUUAGUUCUCUCACCUUUGAUUGGGUGUGGUGCUUGUCCUUAAUUGCACUCACCUGUCACAUGUUAUAUAAGGACUGCAUUCACUUUUGGCUCACUCUUUCUUCACUCCCACAUGGGGCGGCAGUGGAGGUGAGGUUCUGUUUGGGUUUUUGAUUUCAUGUGUUGUUUAAGGUAAUUAGUAACUUAAAUCUGUUUUCUUUCAGCGUUGGCAAUCCAUGUCUUUCCUUUCUGAUUUUGAGAAUAAAAGGAGAACCCUGUGAGUUAGUGAUGGCCAAAUGAAGCUUUCUGAAGCACUGAAGCUUGUAUUGAAAAACGGUUCAUUACUCGAAGCUUUUCAACACAGUCCUCUCCGGUGACAUCUGGUGGCGAAAAUUAUGAAGAGCAGCUUGAAUCUGCAAAAUAAAACGGACUGCUUAAUUAUCACUGCUCACUCCACAGGGUGGAGUUCUCUCUGAUAUUGGGCCACCGUUGCGUUGCUUUGAACAUGUAUUUUUUUUUUCCUCGAUUGGGGGGCUGAAAAAAUUGUACUGCUUAUUUGCUUAAUACAUUUUGAUCAAUAAACUUUCCUUAUGUAAACAUGCA